CUCAUGGGAGUUGUAGUUUGUUCGCGGGGCGCCGGCUGGGUAUCUGGGCAGGUCAUCUGAAGAAACCCGGCCGGGGAGGCGUAGCUGCGGCGGACGGGGGCGACAAGCAGGUGGCGCUCAGAGGAGGGCGAGUGGUGGCUGGUCGCUGUUCCGAUGGAGGACUCGGGCUUCCUGGCCUUUGAGGAGGACCGCAGGUGCCUGUCCGGGAGCCUCCCCUGGCCAGCGCUGGCCGAGGGCCCCGCCACACAGACCACCUCCGAGCCCAGCGAGUCAUUUUCCUCGGCCCACAGACACCCCAGCAGAAAGAGUGGGCUUUCCAGACUCUGCCAGAGCCGGACGGCGCUGCCCGAAGACCGAUGGAGCUCCUACUGCCUGUCGUCGCUGGCCGCCCAGAACAUCUGCAGCAGCAGGCUGCCCUGCCCUGCUGUACCUGCGCCCACCGAGCUGGCCAGCCCCCUGGGCAGCACGUCCUGCUGCUCCCUGCUGCGCGGCCUGUCUGCGGGCUGCUCCACACCCCUGCUCCCGGCCCCUGUGUGCAACCCCAACAAGGCUGUCUUCACCGUGGAUGCCCGGACCACAGAGAUCCUGGUCGCCAAUGACAAAGCUUGUAGGCUUCUGGGGUACAGCAGCCACGAGCUGAUUGGUAGGAGACUCCAGCAGUUUUUCCUGAAGUCGGACUCCGACGUGGUCAAAGCCCUCAGCCAGGAGCACGUGGAAGCCGACGGCCACGCCGCUGUGGUGUUUGGCACUGUGGUGGAUGUGGUCAGCCGCAGUGGCGAGAAGAUCCCUGUGUCAGUGUGGAUGAAGAGGGUGCGGCAGGAGCACAGCCCGUGCUGCGUGGUGGUCCUGGAGCCCGUGGAGAGGGUCUCGGCCUGGGUGGCCUUCCGCAGCGACGGAACCGUCACGUCCUGUGACCGCCUGUUCGCCCACCUGCACGGGUACGCAUCCGGGGAGGAUGUGGUUGGGCAGCGUAUCACAGACCUCAUCUCUGUGCAGCUCCCUCCUGCUGGCCAGAGUGUCCCCCAGAACCUCAAGAUCCAGAGGUCUGUUGGGAGGGCCAGGGAUGGCACCACCUUCCCCGUGAGUUUAAAGCUAAGUCCUGAGCCCAGCAGCAAGGAGACACAGGCCCUCCCGGCAGCAGCCGGCGGCUGCUUGGCUUCCGUCUGGGCGUUCUGCACUAUCAGCGGCCUCAUCACCCUCCGGCCAGAUGGGACCAUCUAUGGCGUCAACCACAGCUUUGCGCUCACGCUGUUCGGCUACAGCAGGGCUGAGCUCCUGGGCAAGAACAUCACUCUCCUGAUCCCUGGCUUCUACCGCUACAUGGACGCAGCGGCCAGCAGCUCUUCGCAGCUGCCCGACCUGGCCCGCCGCCUGGACGUGGGCAGUGAGAGCCGGCCCGCAGAGAUGGUCUCCGACCUCUGGCAAGGCCAGGACCCAGCUGGGGGGGCCCCAGGUCCGAGGCCUGAUGUCGUGCUUGCUGGUGACCUCAUUCUGCCACAAGAGGGGACCCCACAGCUCUUGGGAAGUCCGGAAGUCUCCGCCAGGAUGCAGCCCCCACUGGAAACCAGAGCCUGUCCCUCCUCCCCCGGCUCUCAGCCUGCUCCAGGGGUGGACGACAUCCUGGAGGGUAGCCCACCUGCUUGUGACGAGCAGUUGUUGCCCAAAGACCAGCGCCACAUCCUGGAGGGCAGUCCACCUGCGCAUGGCAAGUGGUUAUUACCCAAGGACCAGAAGCACGUCCCAAGGAGGAACCCACCCGCCCACGGCAAGUGCUUGUUGCCCAAGGACACACAGCGCACUCCUGAGAGCAGCCCACCCGCCCACAGCGAGCAGUUGUUGCCCACGCACCUGCAGUGCAUCCCGGAGGGCAGCGUACAUGCCCACAGCAAGGAGGCCUUGCCCACGCACCUGCAGUGCAUCCCGGAGGGCAGCCCACCCGCCCAUGGCAAGGAGGCCUUGCCCACGCACCUGCAGUGCAUCCCGGAGGGCAGCGCAUCCACCCACAGCAAGGAGGCCUUGCCCACGGACCUGCAGUGCAUCCCAGAGGGCAGCCCACCCGCCCACGGCAAGGAGGCCUUGCCCACGGACCUGCAGUGCAUCCCAGAGGGCAGCCCACCCACCCACGGCAAGCAGGCCUCGCCCACAGACCCACAGAUCACUGCCUUGGGGACCAAAGAACCAGCUUCAACAGAGAGUCCCGAAAAGGACAUACUGGGAGAGAGCGGGUGUGAGCCAGUGGGUGCUACACUGUCCGCUCCACGCGUGGGUCCUGCAGUCCCAGAGCCAGCCGCGAAUGGCCACAGUGACUCACAAGCGUGUGGCCCGGGUCCGCGAGCACAGCCAGGGCCGCUGGGUCUCUGCAGCUGCGGCCUGCCGUGUACUCGGGCUGGUGCUGUCACAGCCCAGACCCCUGCCACGGGCUGGCCGACCAGGGGGCUCCUGGGGCAUUGCCCUCGUUAUGGGGAUGAGUGGUCCCUAUGUCAGCAGGGCCAGCACGUGGCCCCCAGCCCCCCAGGGGUGGUGUGUGUGUCGCUCAAGACGCCUGCCCUGGAUGAGUCCUGGUCGAAGGUGCCAAGUGGCCAAGAAGAGCUGCAGACCUCUGUGGUCAGCGAGCAGCUGUCCGAGUGGAGCUCUGCAGUGACCCCGGGCCGCCCCUGCACCGGGCCUGUCCCAGCAGGGCCCCUGCCCUUGGCACCCCCCAUGUUGACUUGUGGCCUGGGAGGCCUUGACCCACUGGGAGGCCGUGCAGGCAGCUCCUCGGCCUGCUAUGCCCUGGCUGCCGACCUCCCUGGAGGCCUAGAGGCUGUGCAGGCCCCAGGGGCUGAUGUGGAUUCAUUUUCCUGGAACCUCAAGGAACUCUUCGUUAGUAACCACAUAGCCCGAACUCCAUCGGAUGGCUCCUGGGCCACAUCAGAACUCAUAGAGACCCCUUCUCCUCCAGUAGUGAGCUCAGAUUUGGGUGUCAGUCUCCACGGGCAGAGGCCAGAGGUUCUGGAUAGCAGGGAGCUGCUGCUGCUGGCCGGUACCUGCCUAGACCUUGGUGAAGGCCUGGGGCUCCAGGACAGCCCCCUGGCACCCGGUCGAGCAGACCCGGCCGAAGCCCGUUUGGUGUCUCCGGAACGUUAUGAUGCAAUUGGCGGAGAGAGUCUGGGCUGCUUCCCUGCCACACCAGGCUCUGGCCCCGAGGACACAUACCUGUCAGAGGAGCUGAGGCGGGGCCUCCAGAUGACCUCCACGCCCAUGACACCUGGCACAGCUGGCCCGCAGCGGGAGAUCCGGGAAGGCACUUACUCGGGGAGCUGCUACCACCGCGCCGGCCUGCGGCUGAGUGUGCAGUUUGAAGUGAAGCGGGUGGAGCUCCAGGGCCCCAGGACCCUGUUCUGCUGCUGGCUGGUGAAAGACCUCCUCCACAGCCUGCAGGACCCGUCCACCAGGACCCGCCUGUUCCUUGCCAGCCAGCCCAGCUCCGCCCACGCCUUGUCCGACCUCCCUGGAUCCAGCCUGGGGGAAAUGCUCAGAGCCAAGCCCUGGUUUGAGGAGCCUCCCAGGGCUGCAGAGCUGGAGGGGCUGGCAGCUUGCGAGGGCGAGUACUCCUGUAGGUACAGCACCCUGCGCCCACUCGGCAGUGGGGCCUUUGGCUUCGUGUGGACCGCGGUGGACAAGGAGUGCAGCGAGGAGGUGGUGGUGAAGUUCAUUAAGAAGGAGAAGGUUUUGGAGGAUUGUUGGGUCGAUGACCCGAAACUGGGCAGAGUCACUCUGGAGAUCGCGAUUCUGUCCCGCGUGGAGCACGCGAACAUCAUCAAGGUCCUGGCUGUGUUCGAGAACUCGGGCUUUUUCCAGCUGGUGAUGGAGAAGCACGGCUCGGGCCUGGACCUCUUCGCCUUCAUCGACCAGCACCCCAGCCUGGAUGAGCCCCUGGCAAGCUUCAUCUUCAGACAACUGGUGGCGGCGGUGGGGUACCUGCGCUCCCAGGGCAUCAUCCAUCGGGACAUCAAGGAUGAGAACAUCGUCAUCGCCGAGGACUUCACCAUCAAGCUCAUCGACUUCGGCUCAGCUGCUUACUUGGAAAAGGGCAAAUUAUUCUACACCUUCUGCGGCACAAUCGAGUACUGCGCGCCCGAAGUCCUCAUGGGGAACCCCUACAGAGGCCCGGAGCUGGAGAUGUGGUCGCUGGGCGUCACGCUGUACACACUGAUCUUCGAGGAGAACCCCUUCUGCGAGGUGGAGGAGACCAUGGAGGCCGUUAUACGCCCCCCGUUCCUGGUGUCGCAAGAGCUCACAAGCCUAGUGUCGGGACUGCUGCAGCCUGCCCCCGAGCAGCGCACCACCUUGGAGGAGCUGGUGAUAGACCCGUGGGUGACACAGCCCGUGGACCCGGCCAGCUAUAGUUGGGAAGAGGUGUGUCACACGAACAAGCCAGCAGGUGACGCAGCGACUUCUCCCUUCCCAGAUGGUGGAGGCUGGUGCACCUCCAGCCUAGGCAGCAGGAGCCCUGGCCCAAGCCUGGCUCCCGGGCCCCUUGGGCCUCCCGCCCAGGGGUGCCCCCUAAUGGCUGCUGCUGCCCCCAGCUCCCAGGCCCUACGUGGAGAUCAGGCCUUGCCGCCUCCUGGGAACUCAGUGCAAGCAGGACUCACACCAGAAAGAGCCAGGACUGCUGUUAGUUUAGCUUUGUAAACGAGGCUUGGCGUUUGCUUCUUACGUCCUCGAGAAACCAUGCCACUGCUGGUUUCAUGUAUUAAAGGAUUUUUAUUUUGUGAGCUUCCGAAGCCAGUGUUCGUCCUCCUUCGUGUUUGCAUACAUGUACCCGUGGUCUGCCAAGUGACAGGCGUGUGGAGCUUGUCGAGUGUGGCCAGUGACCAGGCUGUUGUCUCCUUCCUCACUCAUGGUCCACGUCGAAGCAGCUCUGUC